AUGGUAUGGGGAGGCAUUUCAGGCAACCACAGAACAUCUCUGGUAGUCAUCGAGAGCAGCUUGAAUGCACAACUCUACGUCAACAACGUCUUAAGGCCCCAUGUGGUUCCCUUCCACAGAGACCACUGUAACGUCACUGUUUUUCAGCAGGACAAUGCUUGUCUGAAGUCUGCACGUGACAUCACGGAUUAUCUCCAGACAGAAUACGUUGACGUAGUGCCAUGGUCACCAUACUCACCCGAUCUCAACCCCACUGAACGUCUGUGGGAUGAGCUAGGCAGCAACGUCUCCAGAAGUUACCCCAGACCACAGAACAGACAACAGUUGAUCCACGCAUUGCAGGACGAGCGGCAGGAGACUCCCCAACGCAGGAUCAGAUGUAGAACCACAAUAGAGGAAUAUUUUGCACAAUUGCCGAACCAUAAAGUCCCCAGGGUGGGAACUGUAGGAGAGAAAUACAGAGAUAAACAACUAAUACUUCAGCUACCCAAGCAGGAUUUGGCACUGGCUUACUGUAAGUUUGUGGAAAUGGACUACAGCGAUAAGUUUGAAGAAUUUGUUAACACAAGAAAUGAGGUCGCAUUAGAUAUUGGUUAUGUCAAACCAGUCUUAACGGAGGCUGUGGAAUGUGUUAAUUGCUCAGGAUUAAUACUCCAAGAGGACGUAGCUGUGAUUGCACCGAAGUUUGGAGAAGUGGUAGGAUGGCACCCAGCGUGUUUUGUAUGUAGAACAUGUGGUGAACUUCUAGUAGAUCUGACCUACUGUUUUCACGAAGGAGAAAUAUUCUGCGAACGUCAUUACGCCGAACAAAUGCGUCCUCGAUGCGCAGCCUGUGAUGAGCUUAUAUAUUCCGAAGACUACACAAAGGCGAUGUCCAAAGAUUGGCAUACCAGCCACUUUUGCUGCUGGCAGUGCGAUGAGUCCCUGACUGGUCAGCGUUAUGUCCUAAGGGAUGAACACCCCUAUUGUGUUAAUUGCUAUGAGCAGGUUUUCGCCAACUCAUGUGAGGACUGUAACAAGAUUAUCGGGAUCGAUUCUAAGGACCUGUCAUAUAAAGACAAACACUGGCAUGAAACCUGCUUUCUUUGUAACAAGUGUCGAGCAUCCCUGGUGGACAAACCGUUUGGCUCUAAGGCAGAGAAAGUGUACUGUUCUGGCUGUUAUGAUGCCUCAUUCGCCUCCAGGUGCGACGGCUGUGGAGAUGUCUUUCGAGCAGGAACAAAGAAGAUGGAAUAUAAAGGACGUCAGUGGCAUGAGAAAUGUUUCUGCUGCUGCAUAUGCCAAAACCCUAUUGGAACAAAAAGCUUCAUUCCACGGGAUAACGAGAUCUACUGCAUAGGGUGCUAUGAAGAAAAGUUUGCUACACGCUGUAUUAAGUGUGAUCAGAUCAUCACCAGUGGUGGAGUGACCUACAAAAACUACCCCUGGCACCGAGAGUGCUUCAGUUGUACCAACUGCAACACGUGUUUAGCAGGACAACGCUUUACUUCACGUGACGACAAACCCUACUGCGCCGAGUGCUUCGGGGAAUUAUUUGCCAAGAGAUGUAUUGCCUGCAAUAGACCUAUCACGGGUAAAAAAACAUCAUCUCAAUUAGUUGUUUCCACAACAUAA